AUCCGGUGAGUGGGGUCUUUUUUUGUUUUCCCGUAUCCGCCAUUUCAGUUUUUGAAGUUAGUUGUCAUCGGUCGCUGGGAUUUAGCCUGAAUUCCGUCUCCCAAACGUGUUAUAUGUUAAAGAUUAGACCUGAAUCCAGGUCGUAAACCAAAUAAGAGUCCUUUUCAGUUCGUGGUUGGGGUUCUGUGUCGGCGAGUUGAUGUUCAGACGGCCAGCUGCGGGUGUCGCCUGUUUACUAAACGUGCUCUAGGCGCUAAAGUUUUUGUAUGAGUUGAAGGCUUUGCGUGUGGAUCACGGGAGGGAGAGAAGGGAAGGCCCGGUGAAGCCUCGGCUUUGGAGUGGUUAUCAUGGCCGGAAAUUUUGACGCGGAGGACCGCGGCAGCUGGUACUGGGGUCGGUUGAGCAGGCAGGAGGCUGUGUCUCUGUUGCAGGGGCAGAGGCACGGCGUGUUUCUAGUCCGGGACUCCAUCACCAGCCCCGGCGACUACGUGCUGUCGGUGUCGGAGAACUCCAAAGUCUCGCAUUACAUAAUUAACAGCAUCAGCAACAACCGACAGUCCGGUCCAGGUUUGGCCCAUCCCAGGUUCCGCAUUGGUGACCAGGAGUUUGACGCUCUCCCUGCUCUGCUAGAGUUCUAUAAGAUCCACUACUUGGACACCACCACCUUAAUAGAACCCAUCAACAAGUCCAAACACACCUCCUUUAUCAGCGUAGGCCCCGGCGGAGGCCCGCCACCACGCCUGGAGGACGAGUACGUCCGAGCACUUUUCGAUUUCCCCGGCAACGACGAGGAGGAUCUCCCGUUUAGGAAGGGCGAUAUUCUCCGGGUUCUGGAGAAGCCAGAGGAGCAGUGGUGGAACGCUCAGAACUCUGAAGGCCGGGCGGGGAUGAUCCCAGUGCCGUACGUGGAGAAGUACCGACCGGCGUCUCCAAGUUCAGUGGCGGGAGCCGGUGUACCUGGGGGGCCACCAGGUGGGAUGGGAGUGUUAGGGAACUCUGACGGCUCUGCAGCCCAGUCUGGCGCUCCGCUGCUGGGAGACCCUAGCCAGUACGCCCAGCCCACCCCCCUCCCAAACCUCCAGAACGGACCUGUCUAUGCCAGGGCCAUACAGAAGAGGGUGCCCAACGCCUACGACAAGACUGCCCUGGCUUUAGAGGUGGGUGAUAUGGUGACGGUGACCAAAAUAAACGUGAACGGCCAGUGGGAGGGCGAAUGUAAAGGCAAACGUGGCCACUUUCCCUUCACACACGUCAAACUGCUGGACCAGCACAACGCCGAGGACGAACUCAGCUGAGAGCGGACAGCCAGACGCAAACUGGACACUAGUAUUAGACCCUUCCUCAUCCUUCCCUCCCUCCCUUCCCUCCCUUCCCGCUCCACGUUGUCACCCGCCCCCCCCCCCUCACGUCUGCUCCAGCUCUUACCCGCACCAAGUACAGUUUCAAAGAAUCACAGAGAACAAAUAAAAAGGUCCUUGUUGGACGUCGUAAUGCACACACCCUCCAUUUCUACCCCUCUGAAUAACCUUAACUGCUCGCCUCCUCCACCAUCACCUGCUCUGACUGACCUCCCAAAAAAAAUGGAUCCUAUACUCUACAGUGGAAAAUGAACUGGAUCCCUUGCUCCGUGGAUUUGGCAACACCCUUUAGAUCUUCCCUUGUCACGUCCUCGCCGCGGACACGUUAUCACUCCACAGGAGACUCUUCGCCGCAGAGUUCAACCACUUCCCCUUUCCUGUGUUGGAGCCAGUAGAUAACCGCUCAGUACGGAGUGUCAUUUUUCAUCCUUGUCGUCAUUGGUCACCACGGUUACAGCGCUGUAGGAUCACUUAUGCUGCAUUCACGUCAGAAGUUGAAAAGUAACACUGAUGUUUUCACGUGUUUGUCUUUUUUUUUUUUUUUUUUUUUCUUUGUUAGGGUGCCGUUAUUGAAAUUUUUACAAACUUUGUCUUAAACCCGAUCCACUCGAGUCGUCUCACACUUACAGUGCAUGGACGUUGUGGCUUUAAACACAACCUACAGGAAAUUAGCUCGGAACAUGCUGUGGCAGAAAAUCAUUUUAUUUUUCCAAAUCGGUGUCCUCGGUAAUGAAUUCCUGAAGGUUAUUGAAGGUGUCUGUGGGUGUUUAUUACACCUAACAUUUAUAUCCUGAACACAAGACUGAACAAUAUUCUCUGGCAUUGUUUACCACCUAAAAAAGCUGAGAUGAAAGGUAUUUUCUGGUUUUAAAAGUUUGCAUUUACCAUGUUGUCAUUAGACAGGGAUGCAGCAUUGUUUUGGGGAUUACCCAUGCGCCAGCACAUAAUAAAGACUUUGAUGAACUACAGCUGGGAAGGUAUAUCACGUCUCAGAGAGAAACAGCCAAGUCACCUGAAGGUGUACAGUUCUACUACAGAGCAGACCAAGGACCAGUCCAGCCCCCACCCCUCACACCAAAUAUCAAAUGGAUAACAAAAAACUGAGUCGAGACCAGCAGCUAGCAGUGACUUCAUGUAGUCAUAGCUGUAGUGCAGGCCCCCAGCAGUGAACCUGAGAAACACAUGUUGAGGUGGAGAUGAAGACAACACUACAUUCAGCCUCUCCACACCUCCCACCUUGGCUCACCCCAGCCCCAUCCACCCAUCACCUAUGACCAAGUACCACCAAGUAGUCUUUUGUAAGGAAAAAAAGAACAUAUUGUUAUGUAAAUGAUGUAUUAUGUGAUUAUCAUUACAUGCUAAAAUAUUGUUGUUUUUUUUUUGUUUGUUUGUUAUCUUUGUAAUUGUCUUCAUAGCUGAUUUUUGUCCGGGGGAGAAAGAGUUUCUGUGUACACUUUUUACUGCUGCAUGUUGGCAGUGGAGCGAUGGGUCGCUUGGUGCAAAAUGGAUAAACUGACUUUGGGGGGGAGCACAUCUGUUUGCCCCCAGCCCUCAAGAGGCCACAUGUGUUCUUAUUCUGCGUCUGUACAUGAAUGAAGUUAACAGAGUGAAUGUAGGCUGUCCACCAUGUUAGUUAGUACUGUCUUCUCAUGUUAGUGCUCGCCAUUCAGCUCACGGAGUAAACCAUAGCAAAAAUGAUCUGCUCUGUGUUGUCAAAUGUGUCCAAGAAAAAAAAAAGGGGGGGGUAUUAUUUAGUACCUACCCUUUUUGUUUUUAACCUUUUAAUAAUCUGUUGCCACCUUGCACCGUUUUUGUUCUUUUAAUCCUCAGGUUUACCAGCCUGUGUUUCCUUUGUGCUUCCUCACUUAAUCUUCUGCCACUAUUUUAUUUAAAGCCUUGUCCAUUUACGAUGCACAAACCAACAUGGACUGUUUCUUUUACUGUCGUAUCUCUACCCUCUACGCCAUUUCUGUAUUGCCAAGAGAUCAUGCGAAUAGAACAGCAGAUUAUGUCAUAGUCCAGAUUGAUUGUGUCCCCCCCACCCCACACCCACCCACCCUCCCCUCCUAAGGUUGUUUUCUGUUGAGAUUGAAUCAAUCCGCUUGUUGACACCUGACAAUCAUCGCCCUCAUUUAUCAUAACGCAGAAGAAGGCUGGGUGUGUAGUUUGGAGUUUUGCCAGAGUGAACUCGGAUCACUGUGAAUAUGAUCUGUGAGAACUCAACUGUUUCCUCCAAGUGGAGGGUUCAUCUCAGAUGUCAUGGUCAACACACCUCGUCACCUUUAGGUGGCACUAUAACACUCAGAAAGAUGGAGUCCUUCUGGAAAGCUGUUCUGCCAGUGCUGAUGAGAUUAAAGGAGAUGAAAUUUGAUUUUUAACAGAAUGCACUUAACUGCUUUUACACUGUGUUUGCAUUGAUAUGUGCUCUCCUUUUUUGUAUUUUUUUGUUUUAAAGUGAUCCUUUAUUGCUCUCCAUGACCUCAUAGCUUUGCCUGACGAGCUCUGUCCUGCUUUCACAUUUUGUUCUUUUGCCGUAUUCCAAGCCCAUGUUAAAAGAUUCACUAUUUAAAAUUAUUUGGCUUACUUAUUGGAAAAAAUCUGAUCUAGGAAAGUAACAUUUGUGCCAGCUUUCAACACAGUCCAUUUCUAUCUGUGUAGUUAUGAUCAAAUCAAGCUUAUUUGUCACUUACACUGCACUGCAGGUGCUUAGCUACAUAAAUCAUAAUCUUAUCAAUUGUGUUGCCAAUGAAACCACCAAGAAGUAUUUUUUUAGUAGCCCUGCAUGAAGUCAUUCCAGGAAGGGGUGGCAAAAUGCCAGUGGGGAAUUGUGUAUCAAAAUAUCAAAAUGUGCCAUUUUAUUAUAACACUAUAUUCUUUCAAGACAAUGGAAAUUACCCUUUUAUUUUCUGUAGCAUGUAAUGUGGUAAUAUACUAGUAAAUAAAGUCAACCCCAUGACAAAUGA